AUGGCGAUGGUAGAGACUGAUGGUUGUGGUGAUCAGUUUGAUCACCAGAACGACGUGGUUGCCGAUGGCACCCCCAAGUCGCCGUGGAAGACUCCGACGGCUGCUUCUCCGGUGGUGGGAGCUGAUUCGGAGUCGUGGCCGGCGCUGUCCGACGCCCAGCAGCGGGCUAAGAACAAUGGCGGCGUUGAUUCCAGCUCCGGCAAGUCCCCAGCGUCCGCUCAGGCAGAGUCUGAGAGUUGUGGCGGUGCUCCUCCGCCAGCGCAACCUGUGGCUGCAGUAGAGCAGCAAAAGUUUCAUGGACGAGGUCACAUGAGAUCUCCGCGUAAACCCGGUCCCCACCCGAUGCAUCAGAACAAAACUGGACUGAAGCAUGGUCCAAACGGUGUAGCUCCCUUUCCUAUGCCCUUACCGUAUUAUCCGCCAAUGGUAGCCCCAGUUUAUCCUGCUAUGAUUCCCAUGGCCCCCAUUCCUGCCCCUGGAUAUGCUUAUCAGUUACCCCCUGGACCUCCCCCUAGAGUUAGUACACAGUUGGCCAAGUCUGGUGAUGAUGCUUCGUCACAGACAAUUGUGCCUCAGCCUUCACCACACAAUGAGUCAAACUUUCAGGACUCUAAUUCUGCUGGAAGAAGGCCCAACACAAAGGAACAGGGCGGGCAAGUGAGUUCUUGGAAUAAUCAACGACCAUUUUCUAUUAACAAUUUUCAUUUUCAACAAAAUAUGGGUCCGAGGAAUGUAGUGAGACCUCCAUUUUUUGGGCCAUCUGGCUUUGUUGAUGGAUCGAACUUCCCAGGUCCUCCAGGAGCAAUCUAUUAUUUUCCUGCUGCACCACCAGGCCCUGUCAGAGUACCGUAUGCACCAGUUUUGGUUCCAUAUCCUUUUAGCCCUGGGGUUCACAUACCAGCUUCGCCAAUUAUAGCCUUGAGAGCUAAUAUUGUGAAGCAAAUUGAAUAUUAUUUCAGUGAUGAGAACCUGAAGAAUGAUCCUUACUUGAUUUCCUUGAUGGACAGUGAAGGUUGGGUUCCAAUAGCGACCAUUGCUGAAUUUAAACGGGUGAAAAGAAUGAGUGCUGAUAUACCAUUUAUUCUGGAUGCACUGCUGGCUUCAGAGACAAUUGAAGUACAGGGUGAGAAAGUAAGGAGACGAAAUGAGUGGUCUAAGUGGAUAUCAACUUCUGGUAAUGGUAAAUCUUCUUCUAUCACUUCCAAUGCUGUGAAGAAGGAUAGUUUUAUUGAAAAUAUAGAGGUCAGCUCUGAAGGAACAACAAAGGAGCUUUCUUCAACUAAAAAUGAAUUCCCCAUAGAUCCCCUGCUAGUGGAUCAUGAUUGUAGAAAAGAAUCCAGCACAGUCAAUACUGAGAAAAACAGAGAUAAUAGUAUCAGCGCGGAGUUAGAUUCCCAGACUGAUAAUAUGAAUAAUAACAGUGAACUUCACCGUGAUCCGAAUUUGCUCACUCCUUCACAAGGAGGUGAUACGGUGAAGUCACCUGUUGAUAAAAGUCAUGAAAAAACAAAGAGGGUGGUGAUUCGGAAUCUGAAAGUGCAGAGUCCAGAUGACUUAUCUAAUGAUUUCUCAAACACAUUUAUGCUUGAUGAAGAACUCGAAUUGGAGCAGAGAACAGUGAAGAGCAGUCAUCCUUCUAUGGAAAGGGUUGACGAUGAAGACGAUGAAAUCAGGGUGGACGAUCAAGCAGUUGAGAGACUUGUAAUUGUGACUCAGAAUAAUCGGACAGGUGAAGUGCCUGGUGAAAACUCGAAAACCAUGUCCACUGAGGUUGUCUCCGCCAUAAAUGAUGGCCUCUACUACUAUGAGAAGGAGCUAAACCUGAAACGAUCUCAUCGUAGGCAUUAUAAGCCGUUUAAUGAGAGCAGGGACGAUAACUCCAGAUCUUCUGCCAAUGAUCCUUCUUUAUUGAACUCGAGGACUCAAGAUCAUUCCACUGGAGGAAGCAGCUUGGAAGGUCCAGGACUUUCUAUCUCUCGAAGGAAGCAUAACAAAGGAAGCUCUAAGUCGCACUCCAUCUACAAACAGCGUUUGUUUCAUGGCAACUUCAGAGUUCAUGGGAGUGGUCAAAACUCUGUUGGCGUUAUAUCCGAAAGUCCUCCCACUGAUGCUGUGGGGUUCUUCUUUGGGUCCACCCCCCCAGAUACUCAUGGAUUAAGGCCUUCAAAGUUGAGUGCUUCACCUCGCAGUAAUCUCUCAGGAACUAGUCCGCCAGUUGGAUCAGCCCCAAAAUCGUUUCAACCAUUUCAGCAUCCAAGUCAUAAACUUCUAGAGGAAAAUGGCUUUAAGCAGCAGCUGUACAAAAAGUAUCACAACCGUUGCCUUAGCGAACGGAAAAAACUUGGCAUUGGUUGCAGUGAGGAGAUGAAUACAUUAUACAGGUUUUGGUCAUUUUUCUUGAGGAACAUGUUUGUACCUUCCAUGUAUAAUGAAUUCAAGAAGUAUGCUCUCGAAGAUGCUGCAGCUGGUUACAACUAUGGGAUAGAGUGCCUAUUCAGGUUUUAUAGUUAUGGUCUGGAGAAAGAGUUCAAAGAGGAGCUUUAUGAGGAUUUCGAACAACUCACUAUUGACUUUUAUAAAAAGGGAAACCUUUACGGCUUGGAAAAGUAUUGGGCAUUCCACCAUUAUCGGGAGGUGCGUGACCAUAAAGAACCUCUUAAGAAACAUCCCGAAUUGGAUACACUGCUAAAAGAGGAGUACCACAGUAUGGAUGACUUCAGGCGUGCCAAAACUAAGAAUGCGGCUACCAAUUAUAACCUCAGAGAUGCUAAUCAUUAA